CAGAUCGUCUGUAGAAUAAUCAUCAUGGCCGAGGAAACCGUCCUUCCGUACCCGAACCUCGUCCUUCCCCAGCAUUACUUUGUCUUGUCUAAGCCAUCCCUUUCCCAACUUCAUGCUUCUGCGCGCACAUCUCUCCUCGAUGGCAUCAAAACGGAUGAAAUGGCGCCCUACUAUCGCAUCGUGACCGCUUCCGGCGCACUACCGCUUGACGAGAAGCUUUUGGCAGAACUAGAGACUAAGAACAAGGAGGAGCUCGAGAGCUUUGAGAAGAGGAUAGAGGAGGCAAAAGCGAUCGAGGGCGAGACCGAUGUUGCGGAGCUGCUGAGAGCGAAAGCGACAUACUUGACGAGGAUCGGAGAGAAGGAGAAAGCAAUCGAGGCUCAGAAAGUUGCUCUGGAGAAGACUGCCGGAGCGGGCUCGCGGAUAGACAUCGUCUUGACACUCGUCCGGAUCGGCUUCUUCUUCCUGGAUCAUAGCCUUAUAACAGCCAACCUCGCGAAGGCGGAAGAGCUCAUCGAAAAGGGUGGUGACUGGGACCGUCGCAACCGCCUCAAGGUCUAUCAAGGCCUGCACGCAUUGUCAAUCCGCCAAUUUAAACGAGCUGGCGAAUUGUUCUUCGACUCCUUGUCAACAUUCACCGCGACGGAAUUAAUACCGUACAAUGACUUCGUGGCCCUCACCGUCAUCACGAACACGCUUACGUUACAACGGGUAGACUUGAAAAAGAAGAUCAUCGCUUCUCCAGAAGUGAACCAGGUCCUUCCGGAUAUCCCCCUUCUCUCGGACCUCACCAAGAACCUUUACGACUGUCAUUAUGACAAGUUCUUCGUCGCUCUAGCGACCCUUGAACAAACCUACCUCAUCCCAUCCCGCCUCCUCUCACCCCAUACUCGGUUCUACGUACGCGAGAUGCGUAUACUAGCCUACUCGCAACUAUUGGAGAGCUACAGAAGCCUGACGCUCGAGAGCCUCAGCGCUGCGUUCGGCGUCAGCGUGGAGUUCGUCGACAACGAACUCUCGCGCUUCAUCGCCUCCGGCCGUUUGCACUGCACGAUCGACAAGGUUCACGGCGUCGUCGAGACCAAUCGUCCGUCGCUCAAGAACGCUCAGUACGAUACCGUAAUCCGGCAGGGCGACAUACUCCUCAAUGCGGUCCAGCGCCUAAGUAAGGUGCUGUACUAAGAGGUGGACGGGACCGGAUGCUGGGUGCUCGGUCCAAAAUCUAGGCGCUGGACUUGCACUGCCGUGCUCGUAUUGUUGCGGAAUUCGAUGGAAUGCGACUUUUACAUUGUAAUAAUAUAUUCUGUCUCUGGGGCAUCCGCUCAGAUCAAGCAUCCAACUCCGGCAAGCCGAGCCACGAUCCGAUCUUCCCCCAGAUGCUGGCUUGCUCACUGCGCCACUCGUCUUUAACCGUCUGUUGACAGUCUCCGCAUACGGCUCUGCUGGACCAGUCCGCGUCUAUCCACGUCUGCAAGGUCUCCAGUGGUCUGCUCAGACCAUCGGCAGCCAUCGCUUCGGGUAUGACAGUCGUCAUCCAGCUCUCCGCGAGCGCAUCCGUACAGUUCAUGUGCGCCCCCGCCGGCGCCUGGAACAGCAGCGGCGAGAAAUGCGUAUGCAACGCGUCCAGGAGGCUACGUGCGCGUGUGCUGUCUUCUUUCGAGACCGUCCAUCGUGCCUUGGCUUCACCGACAUUAUCUGGCUUUCCCUCUUCAAAGUGAUGGGUCGUCACGUAAGAGUAAAACAGCCCUUUCUGGAUCUAAGCCAGCCAGCAGCGACCCCGCGUAUGUCGUGCGCUCUUGCCCAAGCGAGGGUCCGUGCGAUGUCCCCGUCCGUGAGCUGAAUGGCAUCGACGCCGUAUAGGGGUGGCGGGCUAGGCCCACGAGCGAAUACCGCCUCUAGAGACGAGACGAUGGAUGGCGCAGGUUGAUCUGGGAGGUCCUGAUGGAGCAUGACAGAGAUACAUGCAUUUCCUGCAU